AUUAUUAGUGAAAACCGUUCCUUUUAGUUAUCAUCAUCAUCAAUCAUCAUGCCCUCAUUUUUCUACUGUUUCUGUUUCUGUUUCUCUUUCUGUUUCUCUCUCCCGCAGAUGUUUUCGGCACUCUCUAAACUGCUCAAAACCCUAUCCAUCUCUUCUUCUUCUUCUUGGACCCUUUCUUCUCUCACUCUAACUAAAGCCCGGAUUAGGGUUUACAGUUACACACAUUGCCAUUAGGUUUUGGUUUUUUUGAAGUCGAGAGGAGAAAGGGGGUUUUACUGUUACAAAACCCAUCAUCAUCUUCAUCAUUCCAUCCCUGCCAUGGAUGUAUACGAGGCCGUCCAAUUUGUGCUGCCAAAGAUCAGGAGUUUGGAUCCUGAAAAUGCUCCAAGAAUUAUUUACAGUAUCUUGACGCAGCAUGGUGGGGAGAAGGAGAUGAUAAGGUUAGCCUUUUUGCCCGAUGCUGUUUUCUUGUCUUACAUCAACCGAAUGAAGUCAAGUCUCGGGCUUUGCCCCGACGGUUCGUCUUCAAACCCUUCGUCUUCGUCUCCUCCCCUCAGGCCUGUCUCCCCACCUCAACUCCAUAUCUUUAUUCCAGACUCUGGCUCCCAUUUGAUCAAUUCCUCGAGUUUUCAAAAGAGUAGCCCGAAGCCCGCUUCGUAUGCGGAUGUGCUGAGUGGUUCCCGUGGCCCGACUCUUUCAGGGUCUCCAAGCUUGCCCUUCUAUGGCGGCGGUGAUGAUUUGUACAACGGGGGGGAUGACACAUUGAUGGAUCCAAUUGUUAGCCCAAGUGGGAAUAGUGACUCCCUGAUUUUCCCCUAUGUCGGGAACAUGAACAGGAACUCGUCGAUUUCUUCAUCUCACUCCUACCCUUUCCACCACCGGAGGAGUUUCUCGGUCAACGAUGCUGCAAUUCUCUCUGGCCUUGAAGAAGGGGGUGGGGGCGGAUUUGGGUGGAAGCCAUGUGUGUACUAUGCUAGAGGGUACUGCAAGAAUGGAAGUUCCUGCAAGUUCAUCCACAGUGACAUUAUGUGUGGAGGAGAAUCAUUUGAGAUGGGAUCUCCAAGCAGGCCUGCUGCUGCUGAUUCUGGAUUCGAUGAAUUGCUGAGAUUCAAAGCCCUUCAGCAGCAGAAGUUUGCACUUAUGGCUUCCGGAGGAGGAGGAGGACGCCAUCAUUUUCAUUACAACAAGUUCUUGACUGGGAAUCAGAGAAUUAAUGGUUGUGGUCCUAACAGGAAUGACUUCUUACCCAUGGGAUUCCGGCCCGGUGAAAAUUCGAGCAUGCAUCAAAUUUACCUGACUUUUCCGGCCGACAGUACAUUCAGUGAAGAUGAUGUUUUUGUAUACUUUAGCAAGUUUGGUCCCGUGCAAGAUGUAAGAAUACCACACCAACAGAAGAGAAUGUUUGGAUUUGUUUCAUUUUACUACCCGGAGACUGUUAAGCGCAUUCUGGCGAAAGGGAAUCCUCAUUUUGUCUGUGAUUGUCGCGUGCUCGUCAAACCAUACAAGGAGAAAGGAAAAUUUUCCGAGAAGAAACAACUGCAACGUCAAUACUCAGAUAGAGGAGAGUUUGCAUCUUCUUUAAGCUCUGCAGGGAUUGAUUCUAGUGAACUUGUCGAUCUCCCCAUUGGGCCGAGAAUGUUUGUUAACCAGGAAGAGAUGAUUCGAAGGAGAAAAAUCGAGCAGGAGAUGGAAUUACAACAAAUGCUCGAACUUCAAGGUAGAAGGUUGGUGAAUUUACAGGUUUCCGACAGGGAAAAUCCGCACUUAAAUAACUUUUUUGUCCCAAACAUUCCUGGUGGUGCCCUAAUGAAUCGAAACAACACCCGUCGAGAUGUCUCGGAAGCUGCAGAGUUUUGUGGUUCUGGCGAGGCUGAUGAAAAGCUCUUCAAAGUAGCAGAGGUACCUUCAUCUAACAACAACAAUGUCAAUGUCAAUGCCAAUGCCAUUAACCAUCAACGUGUAAAUGAUCCGAAUUCGUAUUUCCUAGAAAGUAACUUUGAGCACGCCCUGCCUGACAACCUAUUCUCCUCCCCGACAAAAUUAGCCACCGAACAAAAGAUCAUCUUCUCCCAUGAAUCUGUGGAUGUGGGCGACACUGGCACCAAUACGACCACAGAGAAGAGAGAGAGAGAGAGUUUGGCUUGAGCAUCUGAAAUCAAUUAUAAUACAGAGAUAGAUGGAGGGAGAAAUGAUGAUUAGCAGCAGCUGUAUAGCAAUAGCAACAUAGCAAAUAGCAAUAGCCAUAGAAGAGCAGCCACAGAAAAAAAAGAAGGAGAAGAAGAUAUGUAAGGAAGAAGAAGAAGAUCUAAUUCAAUUGUGCCACUUAGAUUUAUAUAUAUAUAUAUAUAUAUAUACAUUUUAUAUUAGUGAUAGAAGGAAGGAAUCAAGAAAAUAUGAUGAUGAUGGGCAUGGCAUUUUGAAGUGAGGUAUGAUGGAUGAGGGUGGGGUGGGUGGGGGUGGGGUUAAUUUUUUGUUCAUAUAUACUGUGUGGAGUGUGACCCCUCCUAUCCUAUCUUUAUCUUAUGACCAGACCAUAGCAUUUUGUGUACUGAACUGAACCAACUGCUGAAAAAAACAAUUAUAGCAUUAGUAUAUACAUAUGACAUUUUCUGAUAUAAUAGCAGUAAGGAAGGUAGGUGGUGGUAGUGGUUUUUUACUUUAUGUGCAUGAGAAUGUAAAAAUCAACCUUUAUUCAUCAUCUAUUUUUAUUUUUAUUUUUAUUUUUUUAA